AUGUGCGACGCGGUGCUGGCGGAGACGCCGAUGUCGGACGCGCUGAUCAUGGCGGCGGCGGUGGCGGACUACCGGCCGUCGGUGAUGGCAGAACAGAAGAUAAAGAAGACGGCCGCGGACGAGAUGUCCAUCGACCUGGAGAAGACGACGGAUAUAUUGGCGACGGCCAGAGGGAAUUUUGUGCGGGUCGGGUUCUCAGCGGAAAGCGAGAACCUGGAGGCGAAUGCCGCGGACAAGUGCGGCGCAAAGAGUUGA